CGACGUAACGUCCACCACAAUGGGGAGAAAGGCGUUACUAGCGGUUUUGUGUUGGGUUACGUUUAGUGGGACUUUAGCAAAGGAUGAGAACGUAUCAAAUACUUUAGUUACUAAGGACAAUAUAAGUGAAGGAAGUGCUCCGAGAUUAUAUCGUAAUGUACCCGUUAUUGGCGUGUAUGCAAGUGCUGCUCCACACGCAGACUACUCGUUUCAUAUUCCAAGAUUUGUAACAGCACCAAAAACUGCAGCAAGUCGUGUCAUACCAGUGAAAGAAGAACUCAUUGUGCAUAAUCCAAACACGUUUUUAAAGGAUUCGUACGGUAACAGAUUUGUGGGAACGCCUCAAUCUGCUUACAAGACAUCUUUUCCGCAGCAAUUCGUUCAGCUGCAAGGGUUACCGGUUCAUCUCGUGAACCCGUUACCUGCAACAGUGCCCAGUUACCAAAUCAAGCAAGCUGCACCACAGAUUAUUUAUGGAUCACAGUAUAGAAUACCAUCGCUACAAACGGCAGUGCCUACUCCUAUAAACCGUUUUACAGGCUUCACACAGCCUUUAGUGUAUGCUCAAAAUAUUCAACAUGUGGCACCCUCACACACUAUUCAAGUUAACAGUCAAGCUCAGAGGUUAGCCGCACCCAAGCAGUCUACUAUUAAUAAUGGCGUUUUUCAAAAUUCUCAAGCGAUAAUAAAGUAUACAGAUUUAAAGAACGAACCAAAAUUUCAGCGGCUUGAAGAAAGGCCUAAAGAUAAUGUUGUGGCAAAACAUGAGAGUGGAUUAAUCUCAUCGAGACAAGUGGAUAAGGAACAAUUACAAGAAAGUCCAGGAACUCAAACUUAUACGACCGUUGUUAAUGGACAAAAAACAGUGAUAAACGUAGAGACAAAGCCACCAGUACCAUUACUAGAUUUGACACUUUUGGAACCGUUGCACUUUGAUAAUCCUGUUGUUCCACAAGUACAGCACUUCUUACCCAGGAUUAAUCAAGCUACUUACCAAGAACUGCCGGAGUUUAACUUAGACGGUAAAAAACAACAAAAGAAAACUAAUAGUGAAGGACAACAGAAGAAGUUGACGAAAAAGAAACAAAAGAAACCAUCGUAUAAUGAAAACACACCUCAAAAACAUAUACCUGUCAAGCCAACUAUAACUAUUACAAAUACUCCAAAUGAUGGUCCAGAACUUACAUAUGAAAUUAAUUCACCGAAUUACAAGGAAACCUACAAAGAACAAGUAGUGAGUUAUAAUAAAGAGACGAAACCUAAACCAGUUAAUUACAACUAUGAACACAAGACAGUAAAAGAACCGGUUACAUAUAGUUAUGGAAAAACUGUACAAAAAGCACCGGUAUACCACUCUUAUGUCCAUAGCUCUAAAGAACCAAUGCAAAUUAAAGAAGUCCAUUAUGAAAACAAUGGUCAACCAAAACAUCUUGUAUACUCAUUCAAACAAGAAGAAAAUGACGAAGAACAAAGAGACACACCACCUCGUCAUCCACCACAAUCGGAGUCUGGCGAAACAAAUUCAUCAGAAGAAAAUGAUGAAGAUGAUCACAAUUAUCAUCAUGAAGAGUACGAAGAAACACCAAGACACGGGGAGCAGCUUAGACCUGAACACAGAGAGGAAUAUCAUACUCCACCUUCAUCCAAUCAUUACUCGCAGCCACAUAAUGUUCCUGUACACUAUGAGCUUGAUGUUCAACCUGUAACAAAGGAAUAUGAGGAAAAUAUACGGUUGAACCCAACGCAAGGACCUAAUGCCGCAGUCAAAGUUGAUCCUAAUCAACAUAUACAAAGGCCAACACCAGCAGUAUUACAUCAAAAUCAUCGCCCAUCCCCCAUUCCACAGUUACAUCAACAACAUCCUACUGUACCAAUAAUUCACCAGCAACAUCAAACUCAACGUCCAUCUCCAAUUCGACAUAGACACCAUCAGCACCAUCAACAUCAGCCUGAACAGAGACACAACAAUGAGCCUGUGCCACAUAUACUUGAAAAAUCAAAACAUAUUAUUAUUCAAGAGGAAACUCCUGAGGAAGUACAUUCUCAUCAAGAGAAUUUUAUGGCCAAAAUGAGAGAGCAAGAAGAAAAUAACGAGGAAGACUUUGAAAAGGCUUAUAAAGAUGCUGCCUAUGGUUUUCCAGCUUAUGGAAAGUCUACUGACGAUCUUGAAAAAGACAUCUAUAAUGCGGAUAGCUAUGGAGUUCCUCGAGAUGAUGCCGAAUAUGAUAUCGAACAUACACCUUUCCAAGCAUAUGAAGCGGAAGGCGAUAACUUUCCAAAAUCCGCUCGCCUAAUAUACAAAGACGCAAGGGAUAACAUGAAAAAAGACUACUAUUCAGAUUACUCAAUCAGUAAACCUGAAAGUUUAGUAGAUUACCGUAAAAAGAAACAAGAUUAUUAUAAGACGUACAACAAGUAUAAACCCGAAAAAUAUUUCUCCAAUGAGGAUAAUAAUAAAAAACAAAAAGAGAAAUAUACUGCGGCGUCCGUUUUUAAUUUCGGUUCUGAGCCUAAGAAAAAUAAUGAUUAUUUCGCUCAAUAUAAAGCAUCUCCACAAAAAUAUCAAUAUGAGUAUGAUUAUGCUAAAGAAGCGCCUAGAAAUAAGGACAGCACUGCGCACGCGUCGCGCCCGUAUCAAAGAUACAAGAGCAGAACAUAUUUCGUGGAGCCUCAAUUCCAAUAUGGGUUCGAACCUAUCUCGUUACCGCGGCUACUGGACAGCGAGUUAGCGGCAAUGGCGACCAACAAUAGUCCUGAGAGCGAAAAGCCGGGUAUGAGAAAAAAGGUUUACAAAGAGAAUUGGUACAUUAAGAAAACUAGCACGGCAGGUGGUAAGCCGGCCAGCUGA